AUGUUUCAGCUAGAAGAGGAAUCGUUCGUGUCCGUGCCGGCAUUGGUGAAUUUUUACAAAAGUCACCGGCGUCCAAUUACAGCUGCCUCCGGGUGCAUUAUCUCAAAGCCGGUUUCUGAUGACAGAGCUAUUGGACUAAUCCUAGAUGGAAAAGAGCUGGAGGCGAGCUAUAUGCACGUCCUGAAGCCUCACAUGAGUCAGAUACCGCAGCCAAGGACGCUUUCUCAACGGGUACUUCUGAAUCAGACGGCUCUUCGUCAGUAUGCUGCAGCACGCCAACAACGUCCAAAGUCCAGCAUCAGCCAACAUCAAAUCAGCGUAGCUCCCGAAACCGUCUUAGUGCCACCGGUACCAGCCGCUUUGAUCAAUCGUCCACUUCCGCUUCCUAUCCGAUCCCCACGGAACACUCAGGAAGAAGAAGAGGAUUACUCCGAAAUGGAUUACGACGCCAUGGACGGUAUAUUAGAUGCAUCCUCACUGUCGAGUUACGAAAGAACCCGAAGUUCUAGCACAAGUUCUAUUCCUAAUGUUAUGUCGCGACAAUUUCAAUCGUGUCAGAAUCUUAGCUAUCGCUCACACUCCCCAUGUACGACGGCAGCGAAAAUUCCUCCGCCACUUCCGGUACGACCCCCGUUGCCUCCACGGCCGAACUUUAAGAUGGAUACGAGCACAAUGGUAGACGAAGUUGAAUUGGAACAUUCUCAGUCUGAGGACGCCAGGGAUAGCGCUUUUGUUGAUUACGAUGAACCUCGAACAAAGCUCACAGACGAUGAUUAUGACAAGGUGGGUACGAUUAUUGAGAUGAGGGGUCAUGUUGUGGCAGGGAUGUGCCAAGUAAUUCAGGUGCCACAGGCCAACAUCACAGCCAUUUAUAACUUAGGUCGAAUAAUCCGAGCCCAAAGGACGGUCUCCCAGAGAUGGCCGUACCAUUUAUCGUUUCAAUCUUUCGCAACACUUGGCGCAACCUGCCGCCUUAUGCACUAUUUUUGA